AUGUCUUCUCUGUCGCCAAAACCUGCGAAACCACUUCCUACAGACCUACCCAUCCGCGCAUUUCCCUCUGCCCGCGAGUUUGAGGCUUUUCUGGAACGUGAGCAUACCGCCGCCGCUGGAAUCCACCUUAAAUUUGCCAAAAAGUCUUCUGGGAUCGCUUCGAUAUCUGGCGCUGAGGCGGUGGAAACUGCAUUAUGUUUUGGCUGGAUAGAUGGUCAAGCGAAUCCCUUUGACGACAAUUGGUGGUUGGUGCGCUAUACGCCUCGCCGGGCAAAAAGCAUAUGGUCACAGAAGAAUGCGAAUACAAUAGAGAGGCUGACAGAACAAGGUCGAAUGCGGCCUGCUGGAAUCGCUGCCGUUGAAGCAGCUAAGGCUGACGGGCGUUGGUACCGCGCCUACGCAGGUCCAGCCACUAUAGCUAUACCUGACGACCUCGCUACCGCCUUAAAAGCGAAUGCAGCUGCAUCUAAUUUCUUGGACAACAUGACGAAAGCCGAUCGUUAUGCUAUACUUAUGCGCUUGCAGGUAUCCUCCCCAAAACGUCGAGAACAGCGAAUAAAAGGUUUGGUCGAACAACUCGCAGUGGAUCAUACAGAUUCUGUGUUGAAGCCCAGCAGGAAGAAUGGGGUCAGGAAAGCAAAACCAAAAACAAACCCAGCAGGGCGGGCCAAAGCCUCGACGACUGAUUCGUGUGCCAAUGCGAGCAAUGCAACACCUGGCCAGACGAAUCUACCUCGCCGCCCUGGACUACGUAGCCGAGCUUGA